AUCACUGACCUUACUUGGUUCCGUGAUGUGCUACCUCAAGCAAUAGGUGUUCGUUUCAUUGAGAACGGCCGAUGGCCCGAUUCAGCUGCAAACCUUACUAUUCAGACAGAUGCCACCUUAUCCCUAGGCAUCUCCUUCGUAUACAACCAGCAAGCAUUUUCUUAUCAAAUCCGUCCACCAUCCGGGAAGAUCAUUCCAGAUAUCUUCUUUUUAGAAGAAAUUGGAGUUCUAUCAGCCAUUCACCAUGCUGCCACACUUCCUUCGCCACCACGCCACCUUCUCAUCUACUGCGAUAACCUGGAUGCCGUCCAAUCAUUCAAUGCUAUGCGAGCUACUGAACCCAUGCAUAACGCCCCUCUUCUUGCAACUGCAGAAAUUGUCCUUUGUACCGGUAUCAAUUUCCGUGUUCGUCACAUCGCCGGCAAAGACAACACUCGUGCCGAUCUCAUAUCUCGUCUUAUGUUUGACGAGUAUGAUCGCAAGUUUCCAAAUCAACGCGUCCGCACAUUCUCUCCACCUAGAGAGCUCCUGCCGGCGCAAUGGAGGGAGUGCUUUUGAAUGCGCUCGGCGAGCAGGCUCCUAAUCGCCUGUCUCCUGCUCGCCGGCGACUUCCUUGUUCCUUACAGGCGAUUGAUCAGCGCAUCUCAUUCUUACAAGCUCACUCUAUCGAGAACUCUACCAGAAAAGGUUACCGUACUGGCGCGAAAGACUAUAUCAAAUUCUGCACUCAGCACUCCAUUCCUCUCGAUCCCACUCCCCAAACUCUCGCUCGCUACAUUGCCUAUACUUCACAAUUCAUCGCAUCAGCUCCAAAAUACCUUACGGGUGCCCGUCAUUUUCUCACCGACAUCUAUCCUAACUUCGAUGAUAACCGCAAAUCCGCUUUCGUCCGCACUACAAUCCGUGGUUCUAUCAAAGUCCGUGGCGACCCCAUUCAUCGAAAACUCUCUCUUCGCCUUUCGCAUCUUCUCACUUUUCAUUCUAUCGCCCUCCACUCAUCAGCCACCUACGAUGACCUUCUACUAUCUACAAUUCUCACUGUCGCCUUUUUCGCUUGCCAUCGUAUCGGAGAACUCGUCAUUCCAAAUGACAGAUCACUUUUCGACUGGAAGAAAAUCAUCAAACGAUCCAGCCUUAAUUUUCUCCUCAAACGAGCCUCCUAUAUCCUCCCUUACCAUAAAGGAGAUCCACUCUAUCAUGGGACGCUCAUCAUGCAUAUGGAUCACGAUGCCAUAAACCCGGUCCUGCUCUUAUAUACUUACGUUCAUCAGCGAGAUCUCCGUCACGGUGCACGCCCUGCUCUGUUUAUAAAAGAAGACGGUUCACUACCCACGAGAUCUUGGUUUGAACAAAAAUUUUUCUCCGUCCUCCCUCGAUGCGACUAUGGAGGCCACUCAGCAAGAGCUGGCGGCGCUACAUACUACGCCAAUCUAGGACUCUCCGAAGACGUCAUCCAAGCCAUAGGUCGAUGGUCCUCCAUCUCCUGGAAAUCCUAUAUUCGAGAUAAUCCAACCAUCCGUGCAGAACUUCAGCUCGCCGCUCUUCGGCGACCAUAACCAUCAAGCCGCGCCUUUCUCUUCACACCUCCACCAUCCCCCACACUCACACACCCAUAGCCUUUAUAGCUAUCUCGCGGCUUGCCAAUGUAGUCCUUGGAACUGGCGCCCGCCAGUUCCGUCACGGCUUCUCCGUUCGAUCUGAGACGACCAAGCAGAGCCUCACUAGUCUCAGGUUCUGGGUAUGGAAUCAAGAUCUCAUCGGGCAAUCUGUUGCGCUUCUUUUAUUGCGGCUGCCGAGAUGUGCAGGCUUACCGGUAGCAUCGGUCUUCAGCCUUCCGACACACGAAGAACGCUACUUCAUCGAGUGGUACGCCAGUUGUCUUCUGUUUGAGGAUGCAGUGUAUCGCCUGGUUCCUGUGGAGGUAUCCGCAGGACCACAUACCUCCAUAGUACUACCCACUAAAUGCACCCGAGGGUACUGCAAAUUGCUGCGGAAACUGAUGCUUGCGCUGAAUCUCAGUCUCAUAACUUCUCCGGUCUGUUUACCUUGUUCAUCGUCCGCAUGCACAUCGAAACUGACCAUCUCGUCUGUUCACCUCAUCUGUUCUGACUUUUUUCUGGUGUCAGGAUGCUGCUGCGAACGAAACCCCAUUGGUCCUUUCUUGUCUUCCAAUACUAUCAAGUCAUGGCUGAUUCAAUGGUCGAGAUGUAGCAUAUGAAGGUUGUGUCUAGAUAAUUAGGACAGAGGCAGAGCCUGCCAAUGGACAAGGAAAUUUGUAGCCCUCUGCGGAUUGAAUCUUUGCAAAUAAGCUUUCCAUUGCAUA